UGAAAAAUAUUGUGAACCUAUAUUGGAUUAAGUGGAUUAAAAUAUGCAGUGCCAAAUUGUUUCAUGGGUGUGACAUUUUUAAAUUUCAUGAUUUACAUACAUUUUCUAUUAUAUGGCAAGUGCUGUUGCAAACUGUCCAAAAGAAGUCAGUAAGCACAGCUCUUGUCUGUAACUAGUAGUGAAAUCUACAUUGAUAAUUAGGGGAUGCCCAGCCUACAUUCGCUCGUCGUACGACGAGCUCCACUAAUGGAUAUGGGUACUGCCACUAGUUCUGUGACAUCUGUCAAUCCUUCUAAUAAAGUUACUACAAAUCAGAAAAAAGUUGAUAAGUCUAAUAAACUUACGGGAGUCAGAUUACCUUUAUUACGCAAGGAAGCCAGUGUUGUAAAUCUUUCUUUAACAGAGAGGAGUACAGCAGGAAAAGGAGUAGAUGCUCCUUUACUUAGACCUGAAAGUAGUGCAAGCUUAGAAGCUCGUGGCAAUAGCUGGUUGAGUUUAGGUCCUGGAGUAUUAAGAAAAUGCGAAACUGCUGUGGGUUUAAGCACUUCUGCUUUAGAAGGCAGACCUAUAAAUCGCAGCCGAGUAUGUUCUCGCUGUUCCAGUUUAUUAUCAUUGGCAUCUAGUUCACGCUACAGUUUAGCUGCAGGCAACUUUGUUCCUGCAUGUUCUCAACAAACACUUGGACGUGUAUUUUGUAAAUUAUGUCUUGUUGAUACGUCUCUUUCUAAAACAUUUAAGAUAGAAGGCUGUGGUUGUUCCUAUUGUAAAGAUUGUAUGAAAGCAUAUGUUGAGUUUGAAAUUGAAGAAGGUGCAUAUGAAAUUAGUUGUCCUGAUGCACAAUGUGAACACGGAGCAAUACUUUCUAUGAAGGAAAUAUCAAGUCUUGUUAGUGCUGAGCUUGUGGAAAAACAUCAUAAAUUCCGAUUGAAUAGAGAUGUGUCUAUGGACAAAGCACGUGCUUGGUGUCCACGUGCAGAUUGUGAAACAAUAUGUUCUAUAAAUGCUACUGAAUCAAAUGGAACUCCUAUUGGGCCAGUCCAUUGCCCUAAUUGCUCUACGGAUUUCUGUUCCAUAUGUCGGGAAUCAUGGCAUACUGGUCCUUGUUCAGAUAUCUCAUUAGGUAUACCAUUUGAUGGUGAUCAUAUCAAAUGUUGUCCUAUGUGUUUUGUACCUAUUGAAAAGGAUGAAGGAUGUGCUCAAAUGAUGUGUAAAAGAUGUAAACAUGUUUUUUGUUGGUAUUGUUUAGCUUCUUUAGAUGAUGAUUUUUUAUUGCGACAUUAUGACAAAGGACCAUGUAAAAAUAAAUUGGGUCACUCACGUGCAUCGGUUAUUUGGCAUAGAACACAAGUUAUUGGAAUUUUUGCUGGAUUUGGAUUACUCUUGUUAGUUGCAUCUCCACUACUUUUGUUGGCUGCACCAUGUAUUGUAUGCUGUAAAUGUCGCGUAUGUGGUUCAUGUAGACUUGAACAAGAGGAAGGUGAUACUACAACAUAGAAAAACAUUAAAAGUUUUUCAGAGCUUUCAAGUAUGAUGAAUAAUUAAUUUAAGAUAUUGAACCUAUG